AUGGUGAUGAAGACUAUGAUUACAAUGUUGUUGGCGAUUAUCGUCAGUGGUGAAGUGAGUAUCCCCAAGGAGCCCGAGUUGAUGAUAUGGCCUCUUCCGAAGGCUAUUAUUAUCAACCCGAGAACUACCACUGAUAAUAUGGACCAUCAUCCUGCCACUGUCUACUCCUUCCACUUCGAGUUAGAAGAAGACGACCAUCACGACGAGAAGAGUCCCAUCAUGCAAGAGGAUUUGGACUUCGCAACGACUAUGUUGAAUUAUAACAAUCGUCGAUCCUUUCAGGGAGCAUCCCAUUCAGUGAGAGUUGGAGUCAAGUAUAAUGAUAGUCUACCGGACGAGGGGUAUAGGAUCACAUGCACAUCAUCGCAGCAAUGCAGUGUGCAUGCAAGUUCUAGAAGUGGAGCAUUGUAUGGUAUGGGAACGAUGGUGCAACUUGCUCACAAUAACGCCGAGGACAUGCCGAAGUUAUUGGAUUCUGGUUUCACCAUUUAUGACUUCCCGUCAUUCCCACAUAGAGGCAUGCUGAUUGACACUGGUAGAAGAUAUUUAUCAGUGGAAACUAUAAUAAAGAAUCUUCAACUAAUGUUGUGGACGAAAAUGAACGUUUUGCAUUGGCACAUCUCGGAUGAUGUGAGCUUUUCGCUGGAUCUCGAAGGAUACGAAAAGUUGCAAUAUAAGAAUCCAACGCCACUCAGAUACUCGGCUGAUGAUAUGAAGAGGAUAGUUAAGCUCGCUAAUUUGCUGGGCAUAAAAGUUAUUCCAGAAAUUGACGUUCCUGCUCAUACGACUAGUUGGACGAGAGGGUAUCCAUGGUUGACAGGAGAUGCUAAAUUCUGGAUGGACCCUAUAAGAGAGGAAACGAGGAAUAUGGUUGUUGAUGUUGUGUCUAAGGUUGUGGACAUAUUCUACAGAAAAAAAGUGGUACAUCUCGGUGGAGAUGAGAUAUGGAACGCCUGGGAUACGCCAGCUCUCGAGAAGUGGACGCGAAAAAAUGGGAGAUUCCAUAAUCGCACUGAUUUGGUAGAUUACUGGAUUGCCAAUACCAUCGCUGAAAUAAAAGAAAAAACUGGUGCUGAAGUUUAUCUAUGGAAUGAUUUUUUGGACCAGCACACGACGCAAGCUGAUGUGAUAGAUGCCUGGCAGAUUUGGCUCUAUGAUAUACGAAAAACGCUCAAAUUGCGCAUGUCACGAGAACCCACAGGGUGCACGCGACUGAACGUGACCGCCGCCGCCGCCGCACGUCACGUGAAGUUGUUGGCGAUUAUCGUCAGUGGUGAAGAGAGUAUCCCCAAGGAGCCAGAGUUGAUGAUAUGGCCUCUUCCGAAGGCUAUUAUUAUCAACCCGAGAACUACCACUGAUAAUAUGGACCAUCAUCCUGCUACUGUCUACUCCUUCCACUUCGAGUUAGAAGAAGACGACCAUCACGACGAGAAGAGUCCCAUCAUGCAAGAGGAUUUGGAUUUCGCAACUACUAUGUUGAAUCGUCGAUCCUUUCAGGGAGCAUCCCAUUCAGUGAGAGUUGGAGUCAAGUAUAAUGAUAGUCUACCGGACGAGGGGUAUAGGAUCACAUGCACAUCAUCGCAGCAAUGCAGUCUGCAUGCAAGUUCUAGAAGUGGCUCAUUGUAUGGUAUGGGAACGAUGGUGCAACUUGCUCACAAUAACGCCGAGGACAUGCCGAAGUUAUUGGAUUCUGGUUUCACCAUUUAUGACUUUCCGUCAUUCCCACAUAGAGGCAUGCUGAUUGACACUGGUAGAAGAUAUUUAUCAGUGGAAACUAUAAUAAAGAAUCUUCAACUAAUGUUCUGGACGAAAAUGAACGUUUUGCAUUGGCACAUUUCGGAUGAUGUGAGCUUUUCGCUGGAUCUCGAAGGAUACGAAAAGUUGCAAUAUAAGAAUCCAACGCCACUCAGGCCUUCGUGA